AUGGUGUCGUUCUGGCCCUUCAAGGGCGAGGACUCGUCUCCGGCCUCCUUCGAAAAAGCACUCUCCGCACUUUCCACCAAAAUCACCGAAUCGCAAGCCAGCCUCGAUGCUGUGCGCUCCAACUCGCGCCGCGUGCGCGUUCUCUACACUCUCUACCUCAGUUUCGCCUACCUCGUUUACGCCAUCCUGCUCAUGCUGGUCGUGGGCUGGCAGAAUCUAGGCGCUCUCGAAUGGACGGGCAUGGCGGGCGGUCCCGUAGCCAUCUACCUGGUCCGCACCCUUACCAACGCCUAUUUCACGCACCGCAUCGAUACGCUCGAGACCCGCCUCAAGGACCAGCAGGCCGAGCGCGCCAAGACCAUCGAGAAGCUCAAGGCCGCCACAAAGUAUGACUCGACCCUCGAGCUUUUGGAGAAGUACGGUGGCGGCGAGAAGCGGCCCAAGGCAGGCCGGCAGAGCACAGGGAACCCGGACGACCAUACCUCGGGAACCAAGGUCAAAGGAGGGCCUCGCCAUAGUCUUCCCGCGCCUGGAGCUCGCACUGGCAUGGCGCCUCCGCCGACUGCGAACAUACAAAGGCCUGCUUCUGCUGGAGCACCGUCUGCCACACCUCAGCAGCAGCCACGCCCUGCCCAAGGACCACCCAGCGGCCAGCAGCCCAAUACUGCCGAGUUCGCCCCCAACGCCGGUCCCGUCCCUGGCUCGCAGUUCGCCAGCAACCAGUACGACUUGAACCCGGGGCCGCCCCGCUGGUACGACCGGGUGAUGGAUCUCAUGCUCGGCGAGGAUGAGACUGCGCCCAAGAACCGCAUCGUGCUCAUCUGCUCGCGCUGCAGACUCGUCAACGGGCAAGCGCCUCCUGGGACAAGAUCCCUUUCGGAUCUCGGGCAGUGGAAGUGCAUGGGCUGCGGCGCAAUGAACGGCGAGAUGGACGAGGGCAAGAAGAUCAUGCGCGAGGUUCUUGGAGGAGGAAGUGCAGCCGGGGACGAGCGUCUGGCGCAGGAGCUCGAGGAACAGUUUGAGCAGGACGGCUCGUCUGCUGCGCAACGGCGCACGAUCAAGGAGGAGCCGAGUGAGGUGUUCAAGCCGGAUAGCGACAGCGAGGACGAGGACGACGUUCCGGCCGUCGCCGCCGCGCCGGAACCGAAGUCGAAACGGCGGGGUAACCGGAAGUCGUAG